AUGGCCGGCAUCGGAAAUCAGCUUCAUCCCGAGGUUAGAAUGCCUAUUCCGAUGCAAAAGCUCACUUCGACACAGCUCUUGGCUCUUAUGAGCUUGUCAAACGAUAAAGAGCCCUUCUUUCUGCACCAAAGAAAAGUCAAAGACGUUGACGGAGCCGCCUCAUAUAUUGAGCCAACUCCUCCACGCACUCCGACUUCAGAGGACCAGGACAAAGAUCAACAACCAUCACUUGAAACGAUCUUGGGUUACAUCGACCCAGUUGUCGAAAAGCUCCAAAAGUCCGAAUAUGGGGACAUCGAGGCGGCUCGGGAGCUGCUGAAGUUUCUGAUAGGCUAUGCUGAGCAAAAUGUGUUAUCAGGGAAAGACAUCCACACCUUUGUCCUGUCGUCGCCAAUCAAGGACUCUCGAAAGUCCAAACUUCUACGGUCCUAUUAUGACGCGCUUCAUACAUCCAACGUCAUCCCCAGACCUCCAAAGAACGGACUUUUUGGCACAUUAACUAAGUCUCUCAAUGCUUCAUCGAAACCGUUGUACACCAUCUUCGGGGGUCAAGGAUUGAGGACCAACUAUGUUCAAGAGCUUGCCGAGAUCACAGCCGCGUACAACCCCCUCGUCGAAGAUCUCAUCAAUGACUCUGCGGCUCUACUUAACAAGCUCUCAAACACUAGUCGCGACGUGCGUGAAAUCUUCUCGGAGAGCUUCAACAUUCUCGCAUGGCUGCAGGAUUCUGCCAAUAUUCCAGGCCCUGGAUAUUUGUCCUCUGCACCAUUUAGCGCGCCUCUGGUCGGUCUCAUUCAGCUCGCACACUAUGAGGUGACUUGCAAGAUCUUGGGACUCACCCCAGGCGAAUUCUGCAAGCAAAUUGCAGGAACAACGGGGCACUCGCAGGGCAUUAUCACUGCCGCCGUUGUGGCCACCGGUAAAGACUGGUCUUCAUGGCGGGAGAUCACCCGCACCACUAUCACGAUGCUUUUCUGGAUCGGCGUCCGCACUCAGCAGGUGUGGAACACUUCGUCAAGCAACAGCGCAAUUUCGCACGCCAUGUCGCAGGACUGUAUAGACCAUAGUGAAGGUACACCUUCGCCCAUGCUCAGCGUCAGGGGUCUUGCGAGGGAGACUCUGCAGGGAUAUGUUGAUGCCGCCAAUCGAUAUCUCAAACAGAGCUCCCGUAUUCUGAGCAUCAACAUGACCAACGGACCACGGCAAUUCGUUAUCUCGGGCCCACCAAAGUAUCUAUACGGAUUGGCCUUACAGAUUCGGAAAGCAAAGCGACUUGAAACUCAUGGAAACUGCGAAGAGGAAGACUCUAAAGAAAAAGCUGUCGGGAGCCGAUUCCUCGAAGUCAGCGUGCCCUUUCAUUCAGUUUGGUUGGAGGACGCCGUCCCUUUCAUUCAGGAUGAUCUCAAGGGCAUACUGCUGCGACCAAGCGCUAUGGCGGUUCCUGUUUUCGGCUCCGAGGACGGACGAGAGAUCUGUCGACUCUCAAACACGGACGAUGAGAUGGAUCUUCUUGAUACUCUGAUCAUGUCGGUGGUCAGUAAGCGUGUAGACUGGGAAUUAGCCAGUGCGUUUCCCCACUCUUCUGCGUCGACGAAGACAGUGCUUGAUUUCGGGCCUGGAGGGGUACACGGGAUUUCAUCCCUGUAUUCUUCAGCGGGCCGUAGCGGCGCUGACAUUAUCCUGGUUGGGACUUUGGGUGGUGGCAAAUCAAGGUUCGGCCACAAAGGAGAUCUGUUCAGGUAG